AUGUCUCAAGAUUGGAUAGGUUAUAGCUAUGCUGCAUUGGUCUCGGCAGGAGGAAUCAUGGGCUAUGUAAAAGCAGGAAGUGUAACUUCACUGGUUGCAGGACUUUUCUUUGGGUUUCUAGCUGGACUUGGUGCCUACCUGAUGUCUCAGAAUCCUAAAGAUGUCAGGCUUUCUCUAGGUACCUCGGGAACACUGGCCGUUGUCAUGGGAACGAGGUUUCUAAAUUCCUGGAAUUUCAUGCCAGCUGGUCUGAUGACAAUAGCGAGUAUACUGAUGCUGGGGAAGACUGCAGUGGGGAUGUUCAAGAGACCACAUGAUUCAUAA